AGAAAAAUCUACCAUUAAAAGGAGGGAAAUGAAUGUUACUUCAUCGCCGUUGUAAAAAAUUGUAUUUGUAUUUCUUCUUGUGUGCAAAUUAUAAAAACAAAGUUUGUAAAAUAAGAGUGUAGAAAUGCCAAAAGUAAACACCUUAUACAAUUAUUUUUUGUCACCAAAAGGUGUCAAACCGCUUAAUGAUAACUCGCCGGCUUCUAAGUCCAAAGAGAAACAAACAACACCGAGAAGAGAACAAAGGGAAAAAGGUCAAACAAAACUUAGUUUAACUAAGGAAAAAGAGAAUCAUUCAGAACCAAAAAAGGAAGUAAAAACUGAAACACCAAAACGAAAGAAACCAAUUUUAAAGGACAAAAAGGAGACUCCUCAAAGAAAAAGAUCUAUCGACGAUGAGGAUAGUGAAGAAGUGAGUCCUGUGAAACCAAAAAGGCGGCGACUAAUAAUUCCAGAUGAUGACAGCGACUCUGAUGAUAAUUUCAAACCAGGUUCUGAAAAUGAAGACUCAGAUUCUGGGUCUAAUAAUGCUUCUGAAAGUGAUCCGGAAACACCAAGUGAAGAUGAAUCUCCUCAAAAAAAGAGGAAGAUUGUCAAUAAAACACCACGAGCCACAAAAAAUAAUUCACGAGCUAAAAAGGCUGUUGAAAAGACGCCAAACACUUCUCAGGCAACUUCACAAGAAUCAAAACCUUUUAAAAAUCCGGAUUCCUGGCCUCAUUUGAAGUACGACUUUUUAGAACCGAAUAAAAUCAAGGAUUUGGAAUUAAGGAAGAAAGAUCACGAAAAUUACAAUCCAAGAACAGUUCACGUGCCAAACGAUUUUCUAAACAAUCAAACUCCGGCAAUGAGACAAUGGUGGAAAUUGAAGAGCAAAAACUUUGAUUGUGUUCUAUUCUUCAAAGUGGGAAAAUUCUAUGAAUUGUAUCAUAUGGAUGCUGUUCUAGGAGUUAACGAACUAAAUUUAUCCUACAUGCGUGGAGAAUUUGCUCAUUCUGGUUUCCCUGAAAUUGCAUACGGACGUUUCUCAGCUAGUUUGAUCGAGAAGGGUUUCAAAGUUGCAAGAGUUGAGCAGACUGAGAAUCCUGAAAUGAUGAGUAAACGUGUUGCUAAAAUGAGUAAGGCGACGAAAUAUGACAAAGUUGUGAAUCGUGAAAUUUGUCAAAUUUCUUCGAAAGGCACAAGAGUCUACACAGCUCAAGAUGGUGAAAUAACUGUACCAUCGUCAAAAUAUUUAUUGGCUCUAACGGAAAAACAAUUUCAUGAGGAUAAGACUCCUUCUUACGGUAUUUGUUUUCUUGAUACCACAAUUGGCGAUUUUUAUCUAGGACAGUUUAAAGAUGAUCGCUGUAAUUCCAGACUUUUGACUCUUCUCGCCCAUUACCCCCCAGUUCACAUUAUUUAUGAACGUGGUAAUUUAUCGCAAAGUACAUUGAAGAUAUUAAAUGGCAUGCUUCCAUCAGCAAUUAAAGAACCUCUGCAGAAAGAAGUUCAAUUUUGGUCGGCUCCCAAAACAUUGAAGUAUAUACACGAACAAGAGUAUUUCAAGAACAAAGAGUCCAAAUUUGAGUGGCCUAAAGAGUUGAAACUUUAUCUCAAUCCAGGCGAUAGUUUGGGAUUAACUCCUGCAGAAGAUAAAGAAUUAGCGGUCAAUGCACUAGGAGGUUGUGUAUAUUUAUUAACACACUAUUUCUUGGAUCAGCAAUUGUUGGCACAAGCACGUUUUAAAUCUUAUAUUCCGCCAGAUUUUGGAACUGAUGGAACGAAAUUCGCUAACAGCAUGGUUCUAGAUGCAAUUACCAUCAAUAAUUUAAAAAUUUUGGACGGGGAAGGUUCACUCAUGAAAUCGCUUGAUCGAUGUUGCACAGCAUUUGGCAAAAGACUGCUUCGCGAGUGGAUUUGUCGACCUUCUUGUCGGAAGGUCGUUAUCAUACAGCGGCAAGAAGCAGUUACUGAGCUAAUGGAGCGAAUAGACGAGGUGCGAAACGCACGUUCCAUGAUGAGCGUUCUUCCUGAUCUCGAGAGACUUUUGAGCAAAAUUCACGCUCAAGGAAAUCACAAAAAAAUGUACAAUCACCCCGAUGGAAGAGCUAUAAUGUUCGAGGGACCUAUAUAUACAAAGAGAAAGAUUGUUGAUUUUAUUACCGUCCUUGAAGGAUUUGAACAAAUUUUGAAGAUCAUUCAGUUUUUCGAUGAAUUCAAGAGCGAUCUAAUUAAACACUGCACAGUCGUUGAGCCUGAAGGUGAUUUUCCAGAAUUGAGGAAAACUCUCGAGUACUUUAAGACGGCGUUUGAUCACGAAGAAGCUAAAAAAAUUGGUUCUAUCGUGCCAAAGAAGGGCGUGGAUACAGAAUACGACACAGUUCUGGAAGAACUCGCUCAUGUCGAAAAGGAUUGUGCUAAAUAUUUGGAGCAGCAGAAAAAAUUCUUUGGAGUCAAGGUAACAUAUGUCGGUACUGAUCGUAAGCGUUUUCAACUAGAAGUUCCCGAUUCUCAAAUAAAGAAAGUCAACUCAAGUUAUGAACUUCAAUCACAGCGGAAGGGAUUUAAAAGAUAUUAUACAGACGAAACAAAAGAACUUUUGUCGAGACAAAUCAGUGCCGAAGAGAAUAGAGACAAAGUAUUGAAAGAUUUGAACAGGCGACUGUUUGCCAAGUUUAGUGAAAAUUAUGAUUUGUGGAAUAUGGCUGUUUAUAAAAUAGCAACUCUCGAUGUGCUGAUGUCUCUGGCUGAAUAUUCAGCCUCUGAAGACACGUGUAUUCCAACUAUCUUUGAUGACUCGGAUGAUAAGACAAUCAUUGAGAUAAUCGAGGGUAAACAUCCGUGCAUCGUGUCUGAUAAUUUUAUACCUAACGACACCACAUUGGCAACAAAUGGCGUUAAACCUUUGGUUAUCCUCACUGGACCAAACAUGGGAGGAAAGUCGACUCUCAUGAGACAGCUUGGCUUGAUAGUCAUUAUGGCGCAAAUAGGAUGCCAAGUGCCGGCAAGUAGUUGUUCAAUAACGUUGAUUGAUCGCAUUUUCACGAGAUUAGGAGCAAAUGAUGACAUUAUGGCUGGGCAAAGUACUUUCUUGGUGGAAUUGAGUGAAACUUCUGCAAUUCUACAACACGCGACACCGUAUUCCUUAGUUUUGCUUGAUGAACUGGGAAGAGGAACAUCGACUUAUGAUGGAACGGCCAUAGCAGCUGCUGUCGUAGAUGCACUUACAAAAAUGAAGUGCCGUACGCUGUUCUCCACUCAUUAUCACUCUCUGGUCGAAGACUACAAGACAAACGAGAAUGUCACAUUGGCUCAUAUGGCUUGCAUGGUAGAGUCAGAAGAAGAGGACGUUUCUCAAGAAACUGUUACAUUCCUUUACAAGUUGAGCGAAGGAGCUUGUCCUAAAUCCUAUGGCUUCAAUGCGGCUCGUCUCGCUGGCGUUCCUUCCUACAUUACGCAAAAGGCACACGAAGUAGCGAAGCAGUUGGAACGGGAGACCAAUUUAAGGCACAUUUUUGCCUCUAUUUGCAAACUCAACGACGAAUCUAAUGUCAGAACCAUGAUUGAGGCCAUUUAACAAGAUAAAUUCUUACUUUAAAUGUAAAUGUAUUUUUUCACCAGUAUUAAGUUUUGUUUAACGUUUACUAAAGACUAAAUCUGAAAAUUUAGUCAACAAGUGUUUUCUUCUUUAAUGUUAUUUUGUCCCACAGUUACCGUGAAAAUAUUGUUUAACAAACGUAGAACGUUGCAAAUCCUCGGAGAAAUUAAUCUCGUAUAUAAAUAUGUUCGUGCCGUGCAACUAGAUCAGCUUAUCUAGAUCUGCUUAUUUUUCUAUUUUCCCUUUUUUUAUUCAAUAAAUCAUUUUUCUAAGAAAA